AUGGACAUGGAGCCGAGCGAUGCAGCGCGGGCUGAUCGACUCAUGCAUUCAUGGUUGCUCCGGAAUGCAACGAAGAUGGAUCAGGCAGAGCGCCUGUUGAGUGCUCGGUGGGCAAACCCUUCACUGUUCAAUGAGCGCAUGCAGAUUUGCGAGGAGGUGCUUCAGGUCAUGAAGCAGGUUCUCGGAUUGGGUGGCACAGGAAGCGCCAACGCGGAAAGCAAGUCUUUGCUGCUUCUGGGCGAGAGCAGCUCCGGGAAAACGCAGGCAGUGGACUGGUGCCUGCAGCGCCUCAAAGAGGAGCGCUCCAACGUUGUUGCGCUGAGGGCUUCGGGCGGCGCCUACAACUCCAACAUGGAGUGUUUGCGGCAUUUGGCUUCGCAAGUCGCCGUGCACUGCCUCACAACGCCACCCACUUCCUGCCUCGAAGGAUCCAUGGAGUGGUUUCGCAACCUCCUCAAGGUGAGCUUUAAUCAUGACAGCGCUGUCGUGAUCAUCCUGGAUCAGUUCGAGAAGUUUUGCGCCUUUGCGCGGCAGACGUUGCUCUAUAACCUCUUCAACCUGGCACAAGAAAUGAGUAUUCGCUUAUGCAUCAUAGGCAUCUCCUCGCAAUUCGAUGUGGUCUCGAAGCUUGAGAAGCGAAUUCAUUCCCGCUUCCAGAUGCAUUGCAUCUAUGCGACCUUACCGCGCACGCCAGCCGAACUGCUGGAGAUGCUGGAGUGCAAGCUUCAUCUACCGGAAGGCAGCAAGGGUCUGGACGACGACUUUGUCAAGGAGUUCAAUGCCAAAGUGACUCUGGCCUUGAAAGCGCGCCUGCCUGAUUGGACUGAGCAGGUGCUCAGCGGCUGCAAGCCAAGCUGGUUUCUUUGGAGAUGCUUGCCGGUUGCAGGCUUCCUUCGCAAUUCGGUGGCCUUGGACUCGAGUUGUCAGAGCUCUGAAAGCCCUCAGAAAUGUCCGCGGAUCGGCGGCCCCCUGGACACACUGAUCGACAGUGAGGAGCACAGGCAAGAGGUGCUGCUGUCAGGCUUGGUCGAGUGCGAGCACUUGGUCCUCCUGGCACUUUUCCAACAAUGGGAUCGAGCGCCAAAGAAGACCCGAUCCCUCAGCACCACACUUUACGAGCUGAAACGGCUGGUGGCCGACAAAGGUGUCUUAUCAGCGCACACGGAUGCGACCUUGACGGCAGCCUUCAGCCGCCUGCUGGAAGUGAAGCUCGUGCGACUCAGCGGUUCGGAAGAUGUUCCCAAGAUCUUUCGACCCUGCGAAAGCGUGGUGGAUCGCAUCUACAAGAAGUGGGUAGCAGACCUACCGGAGAAGGCCACAGAGAAGCAGCUGCCGUCCAACCCACUGAGACGACUCCCGGAGGAUAUUCGGAUUUGGAUUCUGAGGUGGUCGCGGACGUGA